UAAUACCUCGUUUUGUUGUGAUAUUUUAUUAAUCCUAGAUACUUCCAUUUAUAAACCGUAUUAUUCCAAACAGAACUUCAAGAUGAGUAUGAGACCUGACGACCACCGUAGAAAGUGGGACAAGGAUGAGUUCGAGAAGAUCGCUUCAGAAAGGUUGAAAGCGGAGCUAGAGGAAGAGGAGCGUUCUAAAAAGAAAGCACCUCCAGUUAAAAGGGAGCUCCUCAAGCAGCGUGAAUACAAAGUAGACUUGGACUCAAAAUUGGGCAAGAGUGUUGUCAUCACAAAGAACACCCCUACCUCCCAGUCGGGCGGCUACUACUGCAAUGUCUGCGACUGUGUGGUCAAGGACUCCAUCAACUUCCUGGACCACAUCAAUGGGAAGAAGCACCAGCGGAAUCUUGGCAUGUCCAUGAAAAUUGAGAGGAGCUCACUGGACCAGGUGAAAGCAAGAUUCGCAAGCAACAAACGCAAACUAGAAGAGAGGAUCCGGGAAUACGAACUGGACAGCCGGCUGCGCGAGGCGGCCGAGGAGGAGGCGCGCGUCAAGGAGCUGCGCCGCGAGCGCCGCCGCGACAAGAAACGCAAGCUGCAGGAGGGUGACGAGCCAGAGGAGGAGACCCCCGCGCAGUCCGAGCUCGCCCAGAUUAUGGGCUUCUCAGGCUUUGGCGGAUCUAAGAAAUAGUGCCAACACGUGCUAAAAUAUUUACACUAACACACACAGACUUUGCUUUAAGGCUCAUUUAGAUGAUGUGAGAACUUGCAUGUGAGUUUCGUUACAUUGCGGCAUUUGGUCGAUCGAUUGAAUAUGUUGUACCUCAGUAGUCUGCAGUGUAAAGAAAAUCGCAAUACGAGUUCUCACAUCAUCUAAAUGGACCUUAUGAAGUGUAUAAUAAGACCGCGAGGUAACCAACCACACAUAAGCGCAUUUUAUACUUCAAUAGCCACUGUACUCAGUUACUAUAAGUCAGCGGUCGGUAACCAGCGGCCUGCGGGCCGCAUGCCGCCCGCGAACCGCUCACUUGCGGCCCGCGAGCCUCCCUGGCUAUUUUGUAUGUAAUAUUGACAAAUGACAAUGUCUGAUAAAGUCAUAAAUAUUAACAAAGUGCGGCCCACGUCCACUUCGUUAACUGCUGCUGCCCUUUGCUGCUAAAAGGUUGCCGACCGCUGCUAUAAGUGAUGAGUUAUAAUAAAAUAAAUAAUGUCAAUAAAUAUUAAAUAAAAUUAAUGUCACAUAACUAGGAGUAUAGGGACUUAAGGGUUCGUAGGUGCGAUACACACGUCUUCCGCAUCUUUAUACAGGGUGUUUGGUACAUAUACAGUUAAAUGUAAUGCCCGUGUUACAACAACGCUAUAUGCUACAUUUAAUUAGUUUUUAAACAGAAUUUUAUUUUUUGAAAAUUAGCAAAAAAAAUUUUUUUUUGAAAAUUAACUAUGCCAUUUAGAUAGUUCACUUAAACGUACUUAACCAUACCCCGAAGUUAACGGAAUUCAAUAAAAACACGGUGUAUAGUUUGCCAAAUUAAAACGGCAGAUAGGUUGAGUCAUUUGCUACCUUCUCAUGUCUAGAAAAACAAAAUUGGCCAUGGUUUUUUUACUACAACGCAAGUAAAAAUUUGAAAUUUACGAAAAACUGGCAUAGAAGUGACAAAUAAAUGUGCGCCAAAUUAAAAAUUUCUAAGCCUGAGAAGAUAGCAAAUGACUCAACCUAUCUGCCGUUUUAAUUUGGCAAACGAUGUACCAAACACCCUGUAUACCUGUCUCCUAGAAACAGGCGCGGAUAUGUUACUCUCUGUAACAUUUGUAAAUAAAGAUUUAUUGGUUGUACCAGAUCAGAUGUGUAAAGUGUAUGAUCAAUUCGUGCUUUAAAUUUGACAGCCAAUAUAGAUGGCGCUGUACAGCUCCGAGCAUUAUGCGGUAACUGUGGUUGUCAAAAAUUGAUGUUGAUAUUGCAGUUACCAAAAAAAACCGGGCAAGUGCGAGUCGUACUCGCGCACGAAGGGUUCCGUACCAUAAAGCAAAAAAAAAACGGAAAAAAAUGCAAAAAGAAAACGGUCACCCAUCCAAGUACUGACCACGCCCGACGUUGCUUAACUUUGGUCAAAAAUCACGUUUGCUGUAUGGGAGCCCCACUUAAAUCUUUCUUUAUUCUGUUUUUAGUAUUUGUUGUUAUAGCGGCAACAGAAAUACAUCAUCUGUGAAAAUUUCAAUUGUCUAGCUAUUACGGUUCGUGAGAUACAGCCUGGUGACGGACGGACGGACAGCGAAGUCUUAGUAAUAGGGUCCCGUUUUACCCUUUGGGUACGGAACCCUAAAAACGUGGCGCCGUACAAAGCCAUCUUUAGCAGUCAAACUCUGGGACACGUGUUACAGCGUUACAUUGUCUUGUCAAUGUCCAUUCAAAGCUAGAUAUACGAUUAUUACAUUAUUGUAACAAGUGUAAUAAUAAUAACCUAACCACGCCACGUAAGGUACAAAAUGCAUCUGCCUUAAAGUAACUACUACGAGUAUACUACUUAUCAUAGUGGUGGAGUUUAAUUUGUAUAAAUAUUUUUGUGGAUCUAAGAUUUUACUUCAUAGCUAUAAUUGUAGCUUUAAUAAUUAUAUUGAGUCAGUUAGUAAAAAUAA